UCGUGAUGUAUAUAUAUAUAUAUAUAUAUAUAUAUAUAUAUAUAUAUACACUGCGGGCCGCCAGAGCGCUAGAUACAGAAGGCGCUAGCUACCUUCAGUUCGGAGUAGGUUACUUCGACUAGGCCUGCUGGAUUUAGAUUCCGGUUUAGGCGGCUGCGCAGGCGCAGACUUGGCACAGGCGGUCCCUAGCUGAUCGCCGACCCAGCUCGGCCUCCGGAUAGCUUUUCCCAGGAUCGAUUGUAUCCCGGGCUUAGGGUCCGCGAUCGAGGCCAGAGACCCGACACUUCGAGGGCGGCCUCCGCGGGACCGAGGGACGCGCACCCCGAGGGAGGCGUAAAGAAAGAGGUUCUGACCGGACCCGGGUCAAUCGCCCAUCGCCCAUGGCGGCCCUCGGCCCCAGCAGCCAGAAUGUCACUGAGUAUGUCGUCCGAGUUCCCAAAAAUACCACCAAAAAAUACAAUAUCAUGGCUUUCAAUGCAGCCGAUAAAGUCAACCUCACUACUUGGAAUCAGGCCCGGCUGGAACGAGACCUGAGCAACAAGAAGAUUUACCAAGAGGAGGAGAUGCCUGAGUCGGGCGCCGGCAGCGAGUUCAACCGCAAGCUCCGGGAGGAGGCGCGGAGGAAGAAGUACGGCAUCGUCCUCAAGGAGUUCCGGCCAGAGGACCAGCCCUGGCUGCUGCGGGUCAACGGCAAAUCGGGCCGCAAGUUCAAGGGCAUAAAGAAGGGAGGCGUGACAGAAAACACCUCCUACUACAUCUUUACCCAGUGCCCUGAUGGGGCUUUCGAGGCCUUCCCUGUGCACAACUGGUAUAACUUCACGCCGCUGGCCAAGCACCGCACGCUCACGGCCGAGGAGGCUGAGGAGGAGUGGGAGAGGAGAAACAAGGUCCUGAAUCACUUCAGCAUCAUGCAGCAGCGGCGACUGAAAGACCAGGACCAGGACGAGGAGGAUGAGGAGAAGGAGAAGCGCAGCCGCAAGAAGGCCAGCGAGCUGCGCAUCCACGACCUGGAGGACGACCUGGAGAUGUCGUCCGAUGACAGCGAGGCCAGCGGCGAGGAGGGUGGCAGAGCCCCCAAGGCCAAGAAGAAGGCACCGCCCAGCAAGGGGGGCCGGAAGAAGAAGAAGAAGAAGGGCUCAGAUGAUGAGGCCUUUGAGGACAGUGAUGACGGGGACUUCGAGGGCCAGGAGGUGGACUACAUGUCCGACGGCUCCAGCAGCUCCCAGGAUGAGCUGGAGGGCAAGCCCAAGGUCACCCAGCAGGAGGAGGGUCCCAAGGGCGUGGACGAGCAGAGUGAGAGCAGUGAAGAGAGCGAGGAGGAAAAGCCGCCCGAGGAGGACAAGGAGGAGGAGGAGGAGAAGAAGGCACCCACGCCGCAGGAGAAGAAGCGGAGGAAAGACAGCAGUGAGGAGUCCGACAGCUCGGAGGAGAGUGACAUUGACAGCGAAGCCUCCUCGGCACUCUUCAUGGCGAAAAAGAAGACGCCCCCCAAAAGGGAGCGGAAGCCAUCAGGGGGCAGUUCCCGGGGUAACAGCCGGCCAGGCACGCCCAGCACUGAGGCGGGCAGUACUUCUUCCACCCUCCGGGCAGCUGCCAGCAAGCUGGAGCAGGGGAAGCGCCCCAGCGAAACGCCGGCAGCCAAGCGGCUACGACUGGACACCGGGCCCCAGAGCUUGUCUGGUAAAUCCACUCCUCAGCCCCAGUCUGGGAAGUCAACCCCCAGCAGCGGCGAUGUUCAAGUAACUGAAGACGCCGUGCGCCGCUACCUGACGCGGAAGCCCAUGACCACCAAGGACCUGCUGAAAAAGUUCCAGACCAAGAAGACGGGGCUGAGCAGCGAGCAGACAGUGAAUGUGCUGGCUCAGAUCCUGAAGCGCCUGAACCCUGAGCGCAAGAUGAUCAACGACAAGAUGCAUUUCUCCCUCAAGGAGUGAUGCUGCCCCCAAUAAACAGGCUCUGUUUUCCACAA